AUGGAGACGGUCACCCUCAUUCUCCUGUAUCUGGCUGUGCCCAGUCUCAUUUACUCGGCCAUCCAACACAUCCUGUCAUGGAGCAAGACGAGGGGUGGUGGUGGUGGUGACGGCAAGGCCAAGUUUCCCGGCCCUAAGCAGUAUCCGUUUGUCGGACGCAUCCACGACCUUCCUCGCUUCUCGAUGUGGCUCAAGUUCAAGGAGUGGGCCGACGAGCAUGGGCCCAUAUAUCAGACGCGUGCCGUCGACCAGACAUUUGUCAUUAUCUCGGACGAGAAGAUUGCCGAAGAGCUGCUGGUAAAGCGUGGCCACAUCUACUCAGGCCGGCCACAGAUCCGGUCGCUCUUCCGCCACAAGGAGGGGCCGGCCUACGUGGCGCUCAUGGACCGCCACGACACAUGGCAGCGCCAGCGCAAGUGGGUGCACGCAGCCAUGGCCGAGGCGCACAAGCACAACUUUUACGGCCAUCUCGAGGCCGAGUCGACGCGGUUCGUGGCCAUGCUUGUGCUGGACCCAGCACGCUUCCUGGACUACACGCGCGAGUUCUGCGGUCGUGUCAUGUCACGCUUGGCCUGGGACGACGCCACACAGGGCCGCCUUAACGGCGAGAGUGCCGACACCACGUUGCACUGCAUGAGCGUGUCCGGCCCCAUUACCAACACAGUGACGCCGCUGUGGCACAUUCCGUUCUUUGUCAACCCAUGGAAGAAAUUCGAGGUCAAGCGCGAGGCCGAGCAACGCGCCUGGUGGCGCCACAACUUCCAGCUGGCUAAGGCGCGCUAUCUCAAGGACGAUCUGCCCAAGGACACCUGGGGCUACCGCUACUUUAAUCAGCUGCAGAAGGACGGCAACGUGACUCUAGAGCAGGGCGAAGACCAGGAGACUUUUGCGAGCUGCAUGAUCGGGUUCAUGAACCUCGUGGGUGUCGUGACCAUCUCGGGCCCGCUCAAGUUCUUCCAGAUGGCCAUGGCGCUGCACCCAGAGUGGCAGCAGAAGGCGCAGGCCGAGAUCGACCGUGUGUGCGGCGACCGCAUGCCCACCAUGGACGACUUUGCGGCGCUGCCGACGGUGCGUGCAUGCCUCAAGGAGACGCUGCGCUGGCGGUCGGGCGUGCCGCUGGGGGUGCCGCACCAAGCCGAGCGCGACGACGUGUUCCGCGGUGUCGAGAUCAAGAAGAACACAAUUGUGCUGGCGUGCGAGUGGUCCAUCAACCGCGUACCAGAGCGCUACCCGGACCCGGAAAACUACCACCCGGAGCGGUACCUCGAGCCCGGCUGGCCCACGUACAUGGAGCCGCUGACCAAAUACCCCAACUUCCGGGACGGCGCGUCAAUGCACACAUUUGGCUGGGGUCGGCGCACAUGUCUGGGCAAGGACAUUGUCGACGACGAAAUGUUUGUGUGCGGCGCGGCGAUGCUGUGGGGCCUGACGCUGGCGGAAAAGCGCUGCCCACUGACGGGCGACCUGAUUCCCAUCGACACGCAGGCGACCAACUCGCACGUCAUUCUCGAGCCGAGUCCGUUCCAGAUCAGCAUCAAGCCGCGGACGCCGGCGCGGGCACAGCAGAUCCUGGACAACUUUGCCAAGGUGCGGGAUCAAGUGCGUGUCGAGAUCUGA